CACAAAUUGCAGAUGCCCGUCGUAUGGAGGUACAAACGAAUAUGUUCGGCGGGGUGACGAUGGCGGCAAAUGUUGUUGUGUCGCCGGCGGGGAAACCUGUGGAGAGGACGUUUUGGUCUCGCGCGUCCCCAAUGGCACGUGAGCCAGCGCUUAUCAGUUGGGUGUUCUCUCGUUCAACUUGGUCAGCGACCAUCUUUCGAUACGAACGCUCGAGAAUCGAACAAAUCAUUGUAGCGUCCGUGUUCAAAGGGGUAGCCAGGUGUCUUGUGUCGUGACAUAUCCUCAGCGUUUUAACGGACGACACACUUCAUCCGACCAUGGCCAUUAUCGCACCAGCAAAAGUAUACGCCAAACCUGUCUCCUUCGACAGUCCUCCACGUCCCAUUUUCUGCUAUGGAACUCUCAUGUCCGCAGCAGUGUACUGUAAAGUAGUCGGCACCGCAUCCGCUCCUUUAUCCAAACCAGCAACACUCACAGGUUACCGCCGACGCCAGGUCCGUGGUGCAACGUAUCCAGCGAUAACACCCGCCACAGCCGAUGAUAAAGUUGAAGGACUGGUAGUACACGUUGAAACACACGACCAAGUGCGCUUGUUGGAUCUGUUUGAGAGUGAUGAUUAUGAACGUCAAACAGUUCGCGUCCAACUUGCCGGUGAGAUGGUAGAGGUGGAUGUCUAUGUUUGGGCUUCUGGGGACAAUCUGCUGUCCAAGGAGGAAUGGGACUUUGAAGAUUUUUUGCAGAAUAGAUUGCAAGACUGGCUGCGAGACAAAGAAGUGUUUGGGGAUCAGCCAGAGGAUGAUCAACAACAGCAUCCACAUGGUCAUCAUUUCGUAGCAGCUGCAAGAGAGCUAGAUAGACUGAGACAAGCCAAUAGUGCAUGAUAGCAGGACAGCACACACGUUUGAAGUGCUUGAACGGUCAAAGUUGAGCGUUUGAACGCUGUGCUUUACAUAUUAAGACUCUACGGGAUAUACUAUAUAUACGAUAAUAGACGCAACUAAACGCAAUUAACAACGACAGCUGUCUAACUUCAUUCCAAAAUGCAAAAUAAUAACGAC